AUGCGCAGAAGACGGCCACAAGUCUACUCGCACCCUUGGCAAGUACCUGCUGCGCCACACCACCACCUGCCUCGUCGCCAGCCUCAUGUACAAACAAGCCUGCGACCGUGGUGUUGCGUUGUGCUUGCAGGACGUGUUGAACCUGAAGAUGAAGCGCGAGCUUGGCUACGUGCAAGCACUCAACUUGGCUGCUGGAUUAUCGAUCUCGAGCGACUUAACCCCGAAGCCGGCUGCCAUGGCAACGUUAGAUCUGCUUUCACUUUUUGUAUGUUGAUUUAGAUUUUUUUUUAAGGGGUUUAGGAUUACGGAGAAAGGUCUAAAUACUGGCAAAAAGUGAAAGCGUCAUAAGUGUUCCCUCGUCGUACUCUUAUCAGUCUGACUCUAACAACAUCGUCAUCUGCAGGACGCACCACCGGCUUCACAACCUAAGAAGGACAAGACCGAGACCGGCAAUGCUGGCGCGGGUGGUAGCUCGUCCUUGAUGCCGCCCUUGAAGGACAAGGACGAGGAAGGCGGCAAGAAGGAUGAGGGCAAGGCGGACAUCGGACCACCAGCGAAGGUCCGGCGUGGUGGCAAGAAGAAGAAGUAGAUCGUGUGGUGUCAAGAGUGUCGGGAGUCUAGGGGGCUUCCGCUAUCAUAUUGAGACUCAACAGAAGUAGAUAGGCACAAACUUUUAGAGCAGAGCGAGAGUUUUCGCAUCUUUUGCGACUUGAGACGAGCAUCGUUGACUAAUUUCCUUAUUGGUCAUUUAUCCCAUUACCUUACUUGAUUUCCAUUUGUUCUUUCGUUUUGUUUUUGUUUAAAAUUUAGAUUAUUUAGAAUGUGGCCAUCUUGUAUCCGUUUAUUUGAGAGAAGGAGGAGUUGGCAGAUGCCAGCCCACCUCCUUUCCAGUUUGAUUUUUUGCGUUUCUACUCCAAGAGAUUUAGUAGUAGCGCAGCACAUUAGUCGACCUAUGAACUCAUAACGAGCAACAGCGUUUUCCGCUGAGAUGGUUGCUGGUCAUCGUCAUCUCAUGGCACUACAACAUGAGAGGAGGCUUGUGAUUUUUCGGAUGUUGUCUGUUGUGAUCGCGCUCUGCAGAUGUGUGUGCAAAUGCUCCAGCUGAGAGCGUGCCACAGGCGCUACUUGUUACUUUGCUUUCGAGGCGUUCGCGUUUUGUGAAUCUUGUUGUCCGCAGUCGCCCUAAUCGUACUGAGCGCUAACUUUACAAAAAGGGAAACGCAGGACCCCUCUGCGUGCUUGUGAGAGAGAGGCUUCGCCACUCGCCAGCUACUGCGUGGUCGGGCAUCGUUCUGUUAGGAGGGCCAGGUG